AUGGCAUUUGUGAUAGACUUGAACACGCAGCCAUCGUUAGAAGAAAUUCACUCAUUUGAUACUCAUAUUGAUAUGGACGAUACAAAUAUUUGCAAUAGUUCAAGCAAUGAUAUGGACGAUACAAAUAUUUGUAAUAGUUCAAGCAGUUCUGCUACAGAAACUGAGUGCACGACUGAGGUCAUAAUUCAUCCCACCAUUUCUGAUGAGGAGAUUCCAAAAGUGGGGAUGCUAUUUGGAACCCUCGAAGAAGCACGCCAAUUUUACUACAACUAUGCCAAUAAAGUGGGAUUCGAGCCUCAUAUAAGAAACACUAACUUCGACAAGAAUGGAAGGACACCCAUUAACCAAUCCAUACAGUGCAAUAGAGAUGGAUACCGAACAAAGAAGAAUCUGGUAACCCAAAGGUCAAACACAGUCUCAUCUGUACACUGUAAAGCUCGCAUCUAUGUGAAACUUGACAAAGAGCUUGGAAAAUGGAGACUGUCGAAAGUAGAAUUGGCUCACACGCAUCGGUGUGAUCCCAGUUUGUCAUGGAUGUUCAAGAAAAAUAGAGAACUCUCCAUGCACGUUAAGGAUGUCAUUGAGCGCAACGACCAGGCUGGUAUACGACCUUCGAAGACUUUUCAGGCGCUUGCUGAUGAAGCUGGUGGUCGUUCUAAUCUGAAAUUUCUUGAGAAGGAUGUUAGAAAUUAUAUAUCUGGUAAACUCCGAAUCAACGGAGAUAAUACUGAUGCGCAAGAGAUGUUGGACUAUUUUAUCAGGAUGAAAGAGCAGAACCCGAAUUUCUUUUACGACAUUUGUGUCUAUAGUGAUAAUAGUCUCAAGCAUGCAUUUUGGGCGGAUGCUCAAUCAAGAGCUGCUUAUGAGUAUUUUGGUGACGUGGUGUCAUUUGACACCAUAUACAAGCUCAACAAGUAUGAGAUGCCAGUUGCAGCAUUUGUUGGUGUCAAUCACCAUGGAAGGUCAUGUCUUUUCGGGUGUGCUUUAUUGGGCAAUGAAGAGACUGAGUCUUUUGAAUGGCUCAUGCAAACAUUUAUAAAAUGUAUGGGAAAAACACCAGAUGGAAUCUUAACUGACCAAUGCGGGGCCAUGGCAACAGCCAUUCGAAAUGUCAUGCCAAACACCAGGCAUAGAUUGUGCAUUUGGCACAUCACGAGGAAGAUACCCCAUAAACUUGGAAAGUUGAGCCAAUAUGAAGAAAUUAAAGCCACAAUGCGUGGAAUUAUUUGGGAGUCUCAUUUGCAAGAAUCAUUUGAAAGUUCUUGGUAUGACUUCAUUGAAGAGUACACCCUUCAUGACAACAACUGGCUUACUAAUAUCUAUAAUAUUCACAAUAUAUGGGUCCCUGUUUUUCUAGAGCACGAAUUUUGGGCUGCAGAUAAUAGGGGCCUGAUCCCAUGUACCUCGAACUCCCCUAUUGAGAAGCAGUUCCAAUAUGAGUACACGAACUGCAUAUUUCGCGAUGUUCAAGCCGAAUUUGUCAAAAAGUGCGACUGCAACCUGUCUCCAAGGGUAGUGAAGGACAACCAAUACUUCUAUGAAGUGACUCAACAGAAGAUAGUUAAAGGGAUGUCUAUUUACAGCGAGUAUGAGGUUGUGUUUUGUCCUAUCUCGCACCAGGUUAGGUGCAACUGCUUCAGGGUUGACAAGGUGAACUCGUCGUAUAUACUUUCUCGGUGGAGCAAGAAUGUUUAUCGUAAGCACACCCAUAUUAGAAGUAGUCACGACUCACGACGCUCUGAUGAAAGCAUGAAUAUAUUUAGGGGACUGUGUGUUGACUUCUACAAUGUGGCCCAGGACUUUGUGCAUGAUAAGGAGGAGGCUGAUAUAUUGUGGUCCGCUUUUGCAAGUGCUAAAGUGGCACUUAGCAAACAUCGGGCAAAACAUUCAGAAAGCAUGCGCACAAGUGAGUGUCUUGAUGGAUUAAAUGUUUUGCAGAGCCCUCCUCAUGUGGUACCUAGGGGGCGUCCAAGCUUCAAGAGACUGGAGGCGGAUGUGGACCGGAAAAUUAAGAAUGGUACUAAGAAACGUCGAGCUAGUUGUAAACAUACAAAGGAAGUUGCAGCUGUUGAAGGAGACAAACAUUCAAACAAGGCCACCAAGAGACGCAUUACUGCUAGCAAACACCCUAAGGAUUUUGCUCCUCUUGAAGAAGAUUGUUUCACCGACAACACCGUUUCUUGUAUCCAUGAACAUUUUCCUAAUGCAACAAAUAUGCAAAUGGAUUCCUUAAGCUCGGUGGGAUUUACAACAUUGUUGAAUUCGUUCCAGAACCGUUGUAUUCAUGCACAUUCUUAUAGUAAUAUUGACUAA